AUGAUGGGAGACAAAAAUGAUUGUGCUCUUCUUCAAGUGACAAUUUCACUUAGCAAAGUAGAGCUUAGUGUGGGUGAAUCUAAAUUCUUCACAUGUUCAGCAAUUGGUGAACCUGAGACUAUAGAUUGGUAUAAUCCUCAAGGAGAGAAGAUCAUUUCUACACAGAGAGUAGCAGUGCAAAAGGAUGGUGUUAGGUCAAGGCUAACCAUAUACAAUGCAAAUAUAGAAGAUGCAGGGAUAUAUCGUUGUCAAGCAACAGAUGCCAAAGGACAGACUCAAGAAGCUACGGUCGUUUUGGAAAUUUACCAAAAGCUCACUUUCAGAGAAGUGGUAUCUCCUCAAGAAUUCAAACAAGGAGAGGAUGCAGAAGUGGUUUGCAGAGUUAGCAGUUCACCUGCACCUGUUGUCAGCUGGUUGUAUCAUAAUGAGGAAGUCACCACUAUUUCCGACAACCGGUUUGCAAUGUUAGCAAACAAUAAUCUGCAGAUUCUCAACAUCAAUAAGAGUGAUGAAGGUAUAUACAGGUGUGAAGGAAGAGUGGAGGCUCGGGGAGAAAUUGACUUCCGUGAUAUCAUUGUUAUUGUUAAUGGCCCUGGCCUUAAUAUAGAGCCACACCUAAGUAAAAAGUGGUCUCCUAGCUCUGGCCUGCCUACCUCAGGCCUUGGCCUUAAUAGAGAGCCACAUCCAAUUGAAAAGCAGCCUCCGGGCCCCAGGAAUGGUAAGGUCAUUGAAGAAAAUGAAAAGUACUUUUUGAAAGGAAGCAGUACAGAACUUACUAUCAGGAACAUAAUUAACAGUGACGGGGGCCCUUAUGUCUGCAGGGCCACCAAUAAGGCAGGAGAAGAUGAAAAACAUGCAUUCCUCCAAGUUUUUGUGCAGCCUCACAUAAUACAGCUUAAAAAUGAGACUACAUAUGAAAAUGGUCAAGUCACACUCAUUUGUGAAGCAGAAGGGGAGCCUAUUCCAGAAAUCACUUGGAAAAGAGCCAUGGAUGGCAUCACGUUUUCUGAAGGAGAUAAGAGCACAGAUGGCCGUAUCGAAGUCAAAGGGCAGCAUGGAAGCUCGUCACUGCACAUUAAAGAUGUGAAGUUGUCAGAUUCAGGGAGAUAUGACUGUGAAGCUGCAAGUAGAAUUGGAGGUCACCAAAAAAGCAUGUACCUUGAUAUUGAAUAUGCUCCCAAGUUUAUAUCAAACCAAACCAUUUAUUACUCUUGGGAAGGAAAUCCAAUCAAUAUAAGCUGUGAUGUGAAAUCUAAUCCACCAGCAUCAAUCCACUGGAGAAGAGAUAAAUUAGUGUUACCAGCUAAGAACACUACUAAUUUAAAGACAUAUAGUGCAGGAAGAAAGAUGAUAUUGGAGAUUGCACCUACAUCUGACAAUGACUUUGGACGUUAUAAUUGCACAGCCACUAACCAUAUAGGAACAAGAUUUCAAGAAUAUAUUCUUGCUUUGGCUGCAAUGGUUGUUUUGAACAACCUGGAACCAAAUACAACAUAUGAAAUCAGGGUUGCAGCUGUAAAUGGAAAAGGGCAAGGAGACUAUAGUAAGAUCGAAAUCUUCCAAACACUACCAGUUCGUGAACCGAGUCCUCCAUCAAUCCAGGGACAACCAAGCAGCGGGAAGAGCUUUAAACUCAGCAUCACCAAACAGGAUGAUGGAGGGGCCCCUAUUUUGGAAUACAUUGUGAAAUAUAGAAGUAAAGAUAAGGAAGACCAAUGGCUAGAGAAAAAAGUACAGGGAAAUAAAGAUCACAUCAUUUUGGAACAUCUACAGUGGACAAUGGGGUAUGAAGUGCAAAUUACAGCAGCCAAUAGAUUGGGAUAUUCUGAACCAACAGUCUAUGAGUUCAGCAUGCCACCAAAGCCCAACAUUAUUAAAGACACACUUUUUAAUGGUCUUGGGCUUGGAGCAGUCAUUGGCCUGGGAGUUGCAGCACUAUUGCUAAUCCUUGUGGUAACAGAUGUCAGCUGCUUCUUUAUUCGACAAUGUGGAUUACUGAUGUGUAUCACCAGGAGAAUGUGCGGGAAGAAAAGUGGCUCCAGUGGCAAAAAUAAAGAACUGGAAGAAGGAAAAGCUGCAUACCUGAAAGAUGGAUCAAAAGAACCAAUAGUGGAGAUGAGAACAGAGGAUGAAAGAAUUACUAAUCAUGAAGAUGGGAGCCCAGUAAAUGAGCCAAAUGAAACCACACCACUAACAGAACCAGAAAAAUUACCUUUAAAAGAAGAAAAUGGCAAAGAAGUCUUAAAUCCAGAAACUAUAGAAAUUAAAGUUGCUAAUGAUAUACAAUCAAAAGAAGAUGACAGCAAAGCAUAA